GUGUGCGCGAUUAGAGCCCUUUCUGGGCGGGGUGGAGUGCACUGAGGUGGGGGUAGGAGGCGUUGCACAGGACAUCAGAAGUGUCUCUGCCAUUUAGAGUCACCAGCCCUUGUCAGGAAUGUCCGUCCCCUGCGCGCACAGAUCAUGUACUGGAUGCGCCAACUUUAUUUUUAACUCUGCAGGGUGGGUCACUCGCCUGGCUUUCGGGAAUGACCGUGGAGCGCGCGGCGCCUUCAGCCCCUUUCCCUAGUCCCCAGUGUAGGACUGUGCCCACCUCGAGCUGUGGAGACCUCUGUGCGCUCUGACCAGGACCCCCACUGAGUCAAUGGGAUUAUAACUGGUUUACUGGCAGGAAGAAGACUAAAGAUAAACACUUUCGGACAGAAGAAAAACCAGAAGCAAGUCGCCUUCAGCAUUCCGGGUUCAUCCUGCCGCUUUUUCCAUCUGCUCAUCUCCCUCUUCACCCAGACCACCUGAGGACGCCGCCAGCCGUCCCCCCGCCCGCUCGUCACCCUGGCUGCCGCCAUGACUUCCACCACAGAUUUUGACAAUGUGGAGAUCACGCAGCAGUACAGCCACAUCAACACCCGCUUUGACCUCUCUGAUGAGGAACUAGACAAUGACAACAGCUCUGCCAGGCUGUUUGAGCGCUCGCGCAUCAAGGCCCUCGCAGACGAGCGAGAGGCGGUUCAGAAGAAGACCUUCACUAAAUGGGUCAACUCAAUUCUGUCCCGGGUUGGCUGUCGCAUCUCUGACCUCUACCUGGACCUGCGGGAUGGACGCAUGCUCAUUAAACUGCUGGAAGUGCUGUCUGGUGAACGACUGCCCAAACCAACGAAAGGCAGGAUGCGUAUCCACUGUUUGGAAAAUGUGGACAAGGCUCUUCAGUUCCUCAAAGAGCAAAGGGUCCACCUGGAGAACAUGGGUUCCCAUGACAUUGUUGACGGCAACCAUCGCCUCAUCCUCGGACUCAUUUGGACCAUCAUUUUGCGUUUCCAGAUCCAGGACAUCAUUGUGGAAACGGGCCAGGCGGACCAGAAGGAGACACGCUCAGCCAAGGAUGCUCUUCUUCUUUGGUGUCAGAUGAAAACUGCAGGAUAUCCCAGCAUCAACAUCACAAACUUCACCACCAGCUGGAAAGAUGGCAUGGCCUUCAAUGCUCUCAUACACAAACAUCGCCCUGAUCUGGUUGACUAUAACAGUUUAAAGAGAUCCAAUCCGACCCACAAUCUCCAGAACGCCUUCAACGUUGCAGAGCAGAAGCUUGGUGUGACCAAAUUGUUAGACCCAGAAGAUGUUUUCACAGAGAACCCAGAUGAGAAGUCCAUCAUCACUUACGUCGUGGCAUUUUACCACUACUUCUCCAAGAUGAAACAACUCGCUGUUGAGGGCAAGAGAAUAGGAAAGGUUCUGGAUCAAGCCAUCGAGACGGAGAAGAUGAUCGAAAAGUACGAGACGCUGUCGUCAGACCUGUUGAUGUGGAUCGAGCAGACCAUUGUCGUGCUGAACAACCGGAAACUUGCAAACUCUCUCAGCGGCGUUCAGCAGCAGCUUCAGGCCUUCAACACCUACCGCACUGUAGAGAAGCCACCCAAGUUCCAGGAGAAAGGUAACCUCGAAGUGCUGCUGUUCACCAUCCAGAGUCGAAUGAGAGCCAACAACCAGAGAGUUUACACACCUAAAGAGGGAGCCCUGGUUGCAGAUAUCAAUAGGGCUUGGGAGCGUCUGGAAAGGGCGGAGCAUGAGCGGGAGCGUGUCUUGAGAGACGAGCUGAUCAGACAGGAGAAGCUGGAACAGAUGGCGAGAAGAUUUGACAGGAAGGCUGCCAUGAGGGAGACUUGGCUCGCGGAGAACCAAAGACUAGUGGCUCAGGAUAACUUCGGCUAUGACCUGCCAGCGGUGGAAGCGGCUAAAAAGAAGCAUGACGCUAUUGAGACGGACAUCGCUGCAUACGAGGAGCGUGUUCAGGCCUUGGUGGACAUCUCAAAGGAGUUGGAUUCGGAGCGUUAUCAUGAUGCCAAACGGAUUGAUGUGAGAAAAGACAACGUCCUGCGUCUUUGGGACUAUUUGCAGGACCUACUGAAGGCUCGAAGGGGGCGUUUGGAUAAGAAUCUGACCUUGCAGAGGAUCUUCCAGGAGAUGCUCUACAUUAUCAGCUGGAUGGAUGAGAUGAAGGACCGUCUGCUUUCUCCUGACUUUGGGAAACACUUGUUGGAAGUGGAAGACCUGUUACAGAAACAUGCUUUGUUGGAGAAUGACAUUGCUCUGCAGGCAGAGAGGGUAGAGAAUGCCAGUGCUGCUGCUCUGAAAUUUGCCAAUGGAGAUAGCUAUAAGCCAUGUGAUCCCCAGGUGAUCAGGGACAGGGUGCAGCACCUGGACUUGUGCUACCAGGAACUUUGUGCUCUAGCUGCCCAGCGAAGAGCUCGCCUGGAGCAGUCUCGCCGCUUCUGGAACUUCCUGUGGGAGGUAACAGAGCUGGAGAGCUGGAUCAGGGAGAAGGAGCAAAUUUUCUCCUCCCUGGAUUAUGGCAAAGACCUGACGAGCGUGCUGAUUCUCCAAAGCAAACACAGCGCUUUUGAAGAUGAGCUCGGAGCCCGCCGUGCCCAUCUUGAGCAGGUCCUAGCUGAGGGAGAUAAAAUGAUUGAGGCCAAACACUUUGGCUCCCCGAAGAUUCAAGAAUGCAAAGAUGACUUAAAGCAGCAGUGGCAGCAGCUGGAAGAGCUGGCUGCAUUUAGGAAACAGAACCUUCAGGACACGCAGACAUUCUUCCAGUUUCAGGGAGAUGCUGAUGAACUCAAGGCUUGGCUGCUGGACGCUAAGAGGCAGAUGAGCAGCGAUGACGUCGGCCACGACGAGUACACCACUCAGCGGCUGCUGAAAAAGCACGGCAACUUGAAAAACGAAGCCAUCAAGAAUGGAGCCACUAUUGAUGCUCUGUCCAAACAGGCCAACGCACUACCAGAGGAGCUGCAAAACACCCCAGAUAUCCAGAGACGACUGAAAGACAUCAAGGACCUUUACAUGGAGCUCAUGUCCCUGGCUGACCUGAGGCAGAAGAAGCUCGAUGACACUAUGGCUCUGUACACCAUCUUCAGUGAGACAGAUGCCUGUGAACUGUGGAUGGGCCAGAAGGAGACGUGGUUGGUGGAUUUAGAGGUGCCUGAGAAGCUGGAGGAUUUGGAAGUAGUACAGAACAGAUUAAGUAUUUUAGCUCAAGAAAUGGGAAAUUUCCAGUCGCGAGUAGAUGAUGUCAACAGAGCGGCAAAACAGCUCGAGGACAGCAGACACCCUCGCACCAAAGAAGUCAAGGAAUGUCAGACGCGACUGAAUAAGAGAUGGGAGGCUUUCAAGGCGAUGGUAGAGGAGAAGAAAAAGAAAGUAGAUUCUGCUCUUAGUCUGCACAACUACGGCCUGGAGUGUGAUGAGACAGAGGCCUGGAUCAGAGACAAGACACGGGUGAUUGAGUCCACGCAGGACUUGGGCAAUGACCUGGCAGCUGUUAUGACCAUCCAGCGGAAACUUUUCGGUAUAGAGAGAGAUUUAGCCGCCAUCGACGACAAGCUCAAUUUCUUGCGGAAAGAAGCUGACCAGUUGGCCCAGGACCACCCGGAGAAUGCAGCAGACAUUUUGGCCCGCAGAGGAAAGCUGGACGCUGCCUGGGACAUGCUCAAAAACACCCUGAAAGACAGAGAGGACUCUUUGGGUGAGGUCAGCAAGUUGCAGACCUUCCUUCAAGACAUGGAUGACUUCCAGUCCUGGCUUUUCAAGACCCAGAAAGCUGUUGCGUCAGAGGAGAUGCCCGCCACGCUGCCAGAGGCUGAGGAGCAGCUGAGCCUUCACGAUGCUGUGCGUGAAGACAUAAACAACCACGAAGAGGACUUUCACCGUGUGAGGGACACUGGCGCUCAGGUUACCCAGGGUCAGGAGGACGAUCCUCAGUACCAACAGCUCGACCAGAGGCUAAAGGGCAUGGACCGUGGUUGGAUUGAACUCCAGAAAAUGUGGGACAGCCGCAAGAACUUUUUGGACCAGGCUCUGGGCUUCCAGCAGUUUUUGAGAGAUGGCAAAGCAGUAGAGGCGAUCCUCAACAACCAGGAGUACACUCUAGCCCACAUAGACAAACCUGACACGUUGGCCGGGGCAGAGAAGGCUUUGAAGAAGCAUGAAGACUUUGUGAGCACCAUGGAGGCCAACGAGGACAAAAUUGACGGAGCGCUGCAGGCCGGACAGCGACUGGUGGACAACAAUAACCUGUACUCUGGGAAAGUUCAGGAGAAAAUGGGCUCGAUCCAGGAAAGGCAUGACAAGAAUAAACGAAGAGCUGAGGAGGUGUCUGAGAAGCUCAGAGAUAACCGUGACCUGCAGCACUUCCUGCAAAACACGCAAGAUUUGACAGUAUGGAUCAAUGAAAAGAUGCUGACAGCGCAAGACACAUCAUACGAUGAGGCCAGGAACCUGCACACCAAGUGGCAGAAACAUCAAGCCUUCAUGGCCGAGCUGGCCUCCAACAAGGACUGGCUCAACAAAGUAGAUCAGGAAGGUCAGGAGCUGAUGGAGUUCAAACCAGAGUUUGAGCCAAUUGUGACGAAGGAGCUGGCCAAACUUCAUGAGCUGUGGGACAAAUUGGAGUCCACCACUCAGGAGAAGGCACGGCUGCUAUUCGAUGCCAACCGCUCUGAGCUUUUCGACCAGAGCCUGGCUGACAUGAAGAAGUGGCUGGGUGAGCUACAACAGCAGUUACAGAGUGGAGAGGAGGAUGUUAAAGACUUGACUAAAGCCAACAUCCUGCUCAAAAACCACCAGAUGAUGGAGAACCAGGUCCGUGACCGAGCUCGGGAGCUGGAGGAACUCCAGGAGGCUGUCAGGAAGCAUGGCGGAGGCAGGGAGGACCAGCCGGAACUGGAGGCUGAGCAGCAGGCGCUGCAGAGAGACUUCCAGCAGCUCCUCACCCCACUGGCCCAGCGCAAGGGCAAGGUUGAAGCCGCCAAAGCUGUCCAUCAGUUCUACAGAGACUUGGCUGAUGAGCUCCUCUGGAUUGAGGAGAGGUUGCCCCUGGCAAUGUCACAAGAACAUGGCCACAAUCUUCAAACUGUGCAAAUGCUGUUGAAGAAGAACCAGACUUUGCAGAAGGAGAUCGAAGGCCACCAGCCCCGUGUAGAUGAAGUACUAGAGCGAGGAAGGAGAAUGGCCAUCGCCGCUGGUGCAGAGGGCAAACCAGAGGCAGAACGAAUCACGGACCAGCUGAAGGAGCUAGAGGAGGCAUGGGCCCGGCUGCAGGAUGAGAUGGUGAAGCGCCGAGAGCGGCUGAAUGGCUCCAACUUGGCGCAGCAGUACUACAAUGACGCUGAUGAGGCUGAAGCCUGGAUAGGGGAGCAGGAGCUCUACAUGAUCGCUGAUGAGAAAGCCAAGGAUGAACAAAGCGCCAUGCUGAUGCUGAAACGCCAGAUGAUCCUUAAGCAGGCGGUAGAUGAUUAUGCUGACUCCAUUCAGAAGCUGGCUGACCGUGCCCAAAAGAUGUUUGGAGAGGAGCACCCUGAUGGUGAAGAGAUCAUCAGGCGACAGAGCCAGGUAGAUAAGCAGUAUGCGGGCCUGAAGGAGUUGGCAGCGGACCGCAGGAAGAAACUGGACCUCACAUUCAAUCACUUCCUACUGAGCCGAGAGGUGGAGGACCUGGAGCAGUGGAUCUCAGAGAGGGACGUGGUGGCAUCCUCCCAGGAGAUGGGCCAGGACCUGGAUCACGUCACGCUUCUGAGGGAUAAAUUCAGAGACUUUGCGCGAGAGACGGGAAUGCUGGGUCAGGAGCGAGUGGACAUGGUCAACCAGACGAUAGACGAGCUGAUCGAAGGCGGGCACAGUGAGGCGGCAACCUUGGCGGAGUGGAAGGACGGCAUCAAUGAGAGCUGGGCUGAUCUGCUGGAGCUCAUCGACACUCGCGCCCAGCUCCUGACAGCAUCUUAUGAACUGCUCAAGUACUUUGAUGAUGGAAAGGAGUUGGUGGCUCAGAUCCACGACAAGCAGAAAGAGCUGCCUGAAGAUGUGGGUGAGGACUUCAGCAAAGCAGAGUCUUUCCACAGAAUGCACGCCGCGUUUGAGAGAGACAUCACCACUCUAGGCAAACAGGUUCAGCAGUUCCAGGAAACAGCUUCAAGACUUCACGCCCAGUACGCAGGGGAAAAGGCAGAUGAUAUUCAGACUACAGAGAGGGAGGUGGUGGAAGCCUGGAAGGGCCUGCUGGAUGCCAGCGACGGACGCAGGGCGGAGCUGGUGGACACAGCAGAGAAGUUCCGCUUCUUUACCAUGGUGCGAGACCUGAUGGCCUGGAUGGAGAGCAUCAUCCAGCAGAUAGAGACUCAGGAGAAGCCCAGGGACGUCUCAUCCGUUGAGCUCCUGCAGAAGUACCACCAGGGGAUCCGCUCGGAGAUUGAAGCCAGGGGAGCCAAAUUCACUGACUGCGUCGACCUCGGCAAAGCCCUGCUGACACGCAAGCACCGAGACUCUGCUGAGAUCAAAGAGAAACUGGUGCAGCUGAUGGAAAAAAGAAAGGAGAUGAUGUUCAAGUGGGAUGACAGAUGGGACUGGCUCCGGCUCUUGCUGGAGGUCUGUCAGUUUGCGCGAGACGCUUCUGUGGCGGAGGCGUGGCUGAUCGCUCAAGAGCCCUACGUGACCAGCAAAGACCUGGGUCAAAACGUGGACGAGGUUGAGAAGCUCCUCAAGAGGCACGAGGCCUUCGAGAAAUCCACCGCCACCUGGGAGGAACGCUUUUCCGCACUGGAACGCCUCACUACGUUGGAGUUGUUGGAGCUGCGAAAACAGCAGCAGGAGGUGGAGCAGUUCAUUAAAGAUGGGCAACGUUCAGAUAAAGAAAGCAGGAGAGAAGACACGGGCUUUGUGGAAGAAUCUUCACAGUUCUAUACUGCUGAGGAACAGACUCUGUCUGGUGAAGCGGAGCCUAGUUCGGGUCUGCAGGAGGGGACGGCCGGUGACUCGACGGUGCCCAUAGAGUCAGAAAUGAGAGAGAGUGCCUCCCUGGAGCUGGAGCCCUCUGUCUCGGUGGUGACCCCAAAGGAACCAGAGAAAGCAGCCACCAUGCCCUCGGACCCCCUCAGAGGCCAGCCUGUGCUGCAGGAGGGCAUGUUGAGCCGCAAACAUGAUGUAGAGGGCUCAGGAAAAAAGGCUUCAAAUAGGUCAUGGAACAACUUGUACUGUGUGCUAAAGCCCGGUCAGCUCUCAGUCUAUAAGGAUGCCAAAAGCUUUGGCCACGGAACGACGUAUCAUGGCGAGGAUCCCCUGCCCCUCACCAACGCCAACUGGGAGAUCCUCACCAACUACAAGAAAAAGAAGCACGUCGCCAAACUACGGCUUGGAGAUGGCAGCGAAUUUUUGUUCCAGUGUAAAGACGAGGAAGAGCUCCAGCGUUGGAGCCAGGCCAUGGAAAAGGCCGUUCAGCCCCUGGCAGCAGAGGAGGCAUCGGGGCCCUCGGGGGCCAAAGCCCAGAGCCUGCCCCCUCCCUCCUCCUCAGCUGCACUCCCUGAGCCCAGCUCUGCCAAGAAAGACAAGGAGAAGAAGUUUAGCCGCUUUGCCAAGAAGAAGUGAAAGAGACGGGAAGGCCAUCAGGAGGAGGGGGUUGUCUAGGCAACCUGGGAAGAGAAAGUAUUGUGUACAAUCAAUCAAAGUAUGCUUUUUGUCACUAGAUUUUCUAUAUUAUUUUGUGAGAAUUACCAUAAAUAUUGUAGUUAAAGUCAUCACUCUUUUGCCUGUAUUUAAGUCAGUGUAUGUCUACAAUGGUCCACUGUUUUUGUUUGUUCUUUUUAAGAAAUGCCAAAUUCAAAGCAUUAAAUUAAAGCACAGGAAUGCUCCUCUUCACACACAACCAAAGAAUGUUUGUAAAACUUUUCAUUUUGAUAAUUUAGCUGAAGUUUUUUUGUCUUUUUUUUUUGUUUCACUAAGGCAUGCUUUGAUAUAGCCAUGUAUAACAUGAAGGCCUGUAAUGAAGAUGACUCAAGAGUACUGAAAAGUACUUUUAAUAACCUGCCUUAUCAAAUGGUUGUGAACUGUAAUACUGUGCUGUUUGAAUUUGGAGCACUAAAUGCUACGUAAAGAACCAGAGUUUAAUAAUCUUUUUUUUUUUUUUAAAGAGCUUUGUAAAUGGCAUGUAAGAUUUGGGGAUGAGAAAACCUCAGCAUAGUGCUGUACAGUAUAUACACACACACUCUCCAAGUAUAUCUGCAGUUAUGCAAACUAAAUGCUCUAUGCACUGUGAAUGAUUGACUUGAGAUUUUAAAUUGCUUACCAACAUUGCACGAGCGGUCAUGUGACACCACAAUGUGUCAGUUUUGAAUAAGGACCCAUUCAGGUUUAUUCUCAAUUGAACUGUGGCAGUGUUCAUGUCUGUCAGCUUGAAAUCUAUUUAACACUUGUGUAAACUUAAAUUUCAGAGCUAUCCAUCAACAUAUACCGUAUAUACAUAUAUAUAUAUAUAUGCAGAUGCAUGAAGUAUGCUUUACAUUAGUUUGAUACGGUGCUAUUGUCAUAUUCUUAAAACUUCAAACAAGACCAACUUGACCUGCCUUGUUUGUCUUCAACUUUGGCUUGUAGUGACACACGUAAAAAGUCUGAGGGGUGCUUCAUAAAGGUGGCUCAGAAAAGCAGUGGUUAUUCAGGUUUAUAUGCAUCAAGUAUUAAUAGCAUUUACAGUCACAGAUCAUCUUAAUUACCCUUUUAAAAUGCACAAAAAAAAAGCAGAAAUAAGCACAAUCACUGCCAUGUACAAAAGACAGCUUUUGUUAUGGAGUUGUAGGUCAGUGAUGAGCUCAGACUCACAAAAUAGGGAUCAAAUCUGCAACACUGAACUGUUCAUUUGGAGUUCUUUACCUGUAAUUAUGACUUCACGGGUUCCCGUGAGAGUAGUUUUUCUUUGUGCAGUUAAAGCUAAAACUUCAAGUGCAGUUGAAGUUUUAUUGUAACGAAAUAUAAAAAGCAAGUGUUUUCUUUUUAGAAAUCAGAACUUCUCCAUCUUUGAAUUUUACUACUUGGUUUGUGAAAACAUGAUACUGGAUAAAUGCCUUCAGGUGUGUACUUUUUAAUUACAGAAACAUGCUGACCCAAAUAAGGCUAAAUAAAAAAUAUGGGUCAAGAAGACAAAAGCACAAGCCAAGUAUUUAAUCUGACAAAUGGGUCACGAUCAAAGACAAAGUACAGGGGGUAAAUGACUACACAGAGGUGCAAAACAACUAUGAAAAUAAAAGACCAUGCAGCAGCACAACAUGAUGGGAGGUUAGGGGCUUUUUACAUGUACUGUAUUUGCCCCAGAAUCCCCGUUAUGUGUUCAUGCCCAGCAGUCCUUGCUUUAUGAAACACCCCUCUAGUCUUGCAAGUUGGAUUUUAUUUAUUACACAAAUAGAAAUGCUAAAAGACGACAAAAUGUUAGCAUCAGAAUGAACUAGAAUUUAAAUCAGGUGCUGUUAUUCACAAAAGCAGUUUACAAGAGCCUGCAUCAUUAUUUGAAGUUUUAUAGAACUAGCCAAAGUCUAGAAAAGCAAAGGGUUGCAUGAGCCUUUCCUGCUUUUCCACACCACACAACAGGACCAGGCAUGCUCCCCAACCAAGGAGAGGAUCGUACAGUAGCCGUACGGAGCUGAAGGAAUGUGUUUUUAAUAUGAAUGUAAGGAGUGGAAAUAAGUUCAUAUGGGAAUUUCCAACAAUAAAGCCAUUACAGAAAUCAGCAUUUUAA